CUGCGGAAGCCCGUGUUGAUGGUCGAGCUAGGAUGAUAGACGUCUUGAGCCCCAAUCCAAACACCCAUCAAUCGAAGUCUGCAUCUUGACAUCCUCCUUCCAUCCAUCCACUUGGGUUCUACGAGUUCGGGUGCGCUUCGGCGAGAUGGCAGCUCUCUCAGAUUCGCGACAGCAGUUGCUUUCGUCGCUCAAAGGCCAGCAACUCCACAUUCCGGAUCUCCGGAUAAUCUUUCAGCAUUGGCCGCAGGCUGUAUCUCCACACCUCGAAGGAUUGAGACUUGAUGUGCCAAACAGGCUUCUGAGCCUAACGUCCUCGUCGAAGAAGCUUGCGAAGUUGCAUAAGGCGGAGUUUGGGCUAUUUUCUGCAACGUGGUGGCCAACAGCGACACUCGAACACGGAAAGAUUUUGGCUUGUCUAGUGAUGUGGCUUUUCAUCUGGGAUGAUGAGAUCGAUGCUGAGGUUGGACGGCUAUCAAGUGACCUCAAGGCCGCACAGAACUUCCGUAAUGACACGAUCCGAUAUAUGCAGUUUUGCUUAGGACUGGGCGACGACGACUGUCCUGCACCAGAAAACCCCAUCAUUGCGUUCUUUAAGGUCAUCGGGGAUGCUGCGCUCGAAUCGUACACACUUGAACAACGAGAACUGCUCUUCAAGGAGCUGGAAUUCUUCAUGGAGACGUCGGAAGUCGAACAACGGCGCCGUUUGAGCGAGGAGCUCCCAACUUUGGAUGAGUAUAUUACUUGCCGAAUGGGGACGAGUGCGGUUGGUGUUACGUCGGCGUUUAAUGAGUUCGCCCAAGGGAUGGCACCUUUGCCUUCCCAUGUGAUAAAUGACGCCGAUAUGCGAACUCUCUGGGAUGAGACAAAUAUCAUCAUUUGGGCCGUCAAUGAUCUAUUGUCCCUCAAGAAGGAGGUUCAACAACAAACGGUGGACAGCCUAGUGCCGCUGCUUUACCACAGAUUCGGAAACCUGCAGCUAGCAGUGUCGCUCAUUGUGGAAGCGGUCGAGAAGGCAGUCCAGAAUUUCGACAGUACCGCCGAGACACUCAUGCGGAGGUACUCCGCUGAUGAGAAAAUCGCUCGGAAACUGAAGGCACAUAUCGAGGCAAACCAAUACAACUGCACCGGAAAUCUGUUCUGGAGCCUACGGACCGGACGAUAUGGCGUUUGCCAGAAAUCAAUCGUUGGAGGCGUCGUCAUUCCCCUCGAAUAAAUGUUGUUCGAUGUUGAAUGCAUGCACGGGAAAAGGCUGUCUCUUCACGGGUGAGGGUUGUCCGAGGAUUCAUUACCUGAUUCAAGUGAUACCUAGCAGGUGUUGCAUGCAAGGCGGCGCGAUUGAUCAACAAACAUCUUGCUACUUCAAGU